AUGCGCGGCCGGACUGAAGCGGAGGGGAGGGAGAGGAGAGGAGCGAGUAGCUCCGCCCCCUCUUGCUCCUGAGGUUUCAAUGACUUCCCCGUGCUGAGCCCGGGGGCGGGGCUGUCACUUCCUCCCUCCUGGGUCCGAGGCCAGCAGCUGCCCCCUGCCCUCCCCCUCAGCAUGCGCAGCCCACCCGCCCUGCCCGAGGACAUCGUCAGCCUCCUGGCAGAUGUUGACACAUUUAUAUCUGAUACCCUCAAAGGAGAAAAUUUAUCCAAGAGAGCAAAGGAAAAAAAGGAUGCUCUUAUUAAGAAGAUAAAAGAGCUCAAGGCUAAUUACCCUCAAGAUUUCCAGGAUAAAGGAGAAUUGGAAGAUGAGGAAGAGUCUGAGGGCUCUUUCCCUUCACCUCCUGAUAAUCUCUCAUUAGCAUCUGACCGAUAUGAUAAAGAGGAUGAAGCACCCUCUGAUGGGAACCAGUUUCCUCCUAUUGCUGCUCAAGACCUUCAAUUUGUUCUAAAGGCUGGAUACCUUGAAAAACGUAGAAAAGACCACAGUUUUCUUGGCUUUGAAUGGCAGAAGCGUUGGUGUGCUCUCAGUAGAACAGUCUUCUAUUAUUAUGGAAGUGAUAAAGACAAACAACAGAAAGGUGAAUUUGCUAUAGAUGGAUACACCGUCAGAAUGAAUAAUACCCUUCGGAAGGAUGGAAAGAAAGAUUGCUGUUUUGAAAUCUCAGCUCCUGAUAAACGCAUUUAUCAGUUUACAGCAGCUACUCCCAAAGAAGCAGAGGAAUGGCUACAAGAAAUCAAAUUUGUAUUGCAAGACUUGGGAUCUAAUGUCAUUCCUGAGGAGGAAGAAUAUGAUGACGUUGGACAAGUUUCUCCUCCAGUCAGCACUGCACCAAUAGACGAUGACAUUUAUGAAGAACUUCCAGAAGAAGAAGAAGAGAGCGCUCCUCCAAAGACUGGAGAGCCAAGGAAACUGAGCCAAGAGAGCACUAGCAAUGUUUCAGGGGAUAAAAAUACCAAUUAUGCUAAUUUCUACCAAGGUCUGUGGGACUGCACAGGAGAUGUUUCUGAUGAGUUGUCAUUUAAACGUGGCGAUGUUAUCUACAUUCUCAGCAAGGACUACGAUAGAUUUGGCUGGUGGGUAGGAGAAAUGAAGGGAACCAUUGGCUUGGUGCCUAGAGCCUACAUAAUGGAGAUGUAUGAUAUUUGAGAGGCCUGGGAGAAUUCUGCAAUUACAAUCAAGAGUGAUGUACAACUGCACCUUCCAGACCUGGUUUCCAAAAUGCAAAGAUUCUACUGUGUGAACUUGGUUGUUUGAUGGGUGUAGUCAGACCACCACACCAAAUAUAUUAAACAUAAAACAUUUUUUAAUUUUUCUCCAUUUCUGUACUACUUUGUCAUUAAUCUUUUUGGGAAAAGUGCUCUGUUCAAUCCUUUGUUAUAUAACUAAAGUACUGUGACACUCAAUAGAAGAUGUUAGUUAACAUGUGAUGCACAAGCAGCAAAGCUGUACCUGUUGCUGUUUUGCUGAAACAUUAAGUGCACUUUGUAGUAAUAGAUAUGUUCUGUUUAAAUGGAAUCAGAUAAUUUUUUCUAUGUAAAUUUUAAAAAUUUAGCAACAUCUUGACAGUAGCAAAUCAUCAUUCUCCUCAUGUGGAUUUUAAUAGCAUUAGCCUUUUGAUAAAUUCACUUCAAUGGGACUGCAAUGUAUAAUUCCAUAGAAAAACUAGGUAAAUUCCUGUGCAAUAAUGCAAGUUUUAAAACUAACAUGCUUCUAAAGAAAUGUUUUACAUUUCUGCAUGAUUUAUUUCUUCAUAUAAUUUUAGUAUUUUUUAUGUAGAAUAAGAUGUUAUAGUCACAAAAUAAUAUAUAAGACCAGAUCCUCAAUUCUUGUACAUCAGCUCCAUUAAAGUCAGUAGAACUCAUUGAUUUACACUGUGUUAUCUUUAUUGGCAGACUUGCAUCAUGAGAAAUGUGGUCAUGAGAAUAAAACAGAUAUAGAAUUGAAAAUGAUUAUAUUCUGGGUUGACAAUACAUGUUGUAUUAAAAAAAAAAACAUUUGUGGAUGAUUCUUUGUCAAUGAAAAAGUCUAUAUACCUGUUGUGAUAUUGUUGAAGUAUGGAUGCUGUCAUUAGGUCAAUUCUGCAAACCUUACUCAUGUAAAUGAUCCUUGCUUGCAUAAGUAGUGCCACAGAAGUCUAUGAAACAGCUUAUGUGAAUGCAGGUUA